AUGCGAAGUCCCCAUGAUAAGUUUUUCUAUGAUGUCUAUAGUGUUAUAAGUCAAUGGGAGUUCAUAAUUCUUCGCAUCCAGACAAUACUUCUGUGGGAGCGUGUGGUACCAAGUCUUGUUUUCACAGCAUUCGUACACCUUGUGUUCUUAUCAUUUGUAAAAAGCAACUUCAGUACACUGUUUAUUUCCUGUCUGGUGUUGUUUCUUGUCCUGUUAUGCAACCUCUUACAACCACUAAUGGCAAGGCUUUUUCUAGAUUCUAAGCGUUCAUCUGGUUCGUUCUCAGAACUUGUUUCCAUUUGUUUGGAAAAUGGGAGCAUCAUGUCUACCACUGAUCUUAGCCAUUGGAUAUCUGGCUGUCUCUAUGGUGCACUUAAUAUCGCAAAUAAGCUUGCCCCAUGUCAUCGAAAUCAUCCUCUCUCGUUUUUCAUUAUUUCAAGCACUAUUAGCAUUGGAUGCAUCGUACUUAGCAUGUAUGUUUCCGGCGUAACCUUAGCUUACAUAGCUCUCAAUAUUUGUUUAAUUUUGCCAACUUUGCUGCACCAUCGUGUAAUUUCUCGUGUUUGGAACUUGAUUAAACCUAUUUUAACGCGUAUUGAAGCAGAAUUCGAUAAAAAUCCGUUAGAAUCUCCUGAAGAACGCGAUGCCGGUGAACGAGAACUUUACGAGCCUAUUGUUGCAGCUGCAAAUGCUGCUAAUUCCUCCGUAUUCCCUGAUGGAUUUUUAACAGACAUACCCACGAAAGUGGAAUCUAGUCAGCUCGAGUCAGAAGAACUAGAUAACUCUGAAGCAGUAUUCAUCAAACAGUUUGUUUCCGAUAUUAGUUCUGAGGAAUUGGAUCGUUUGUUUUCUGAAGCUCUUGGUGAGCAUGAAAUUGAAACGAAAAACACUGCUAGACAUAGCAAAUCCCAUAAUAAUCAUAAUAAUAAUGAUAAUUUCUCAGAAUUUACUGACACAGAUUAUCCAUUUAUAACUCAACAAGAAAUAGUUGAAAAAUCACGUUCACCACCAAUUUUGUGGGCAAUGGAAAGUGAGUAUGCUACAGAUGAUGAUGAAAGCAGCGAUAUCAUGGGUGAGGUUUGCCCAGCUCCGAUGACAAUGAUGAAUAAAGAUGUUGAACGUGAAGGAUUUGUAUUUGUACGAAAACAAAAAUAA